UAUAUAUAUAUAUAUAUAUAAUUGGCGCGUACACCCUUUUUGGGUGUUUGGCCGUCAAUCAUUGUAAAUAUAAUAUUUUUUUACCGGUGACUGUACAAUUCCUGAAUGCCAGCGGGCACUAAUUUUCCGUGUGCGGCCAGAACUCACCGAACGGUUGGUUCUUGCACCUUGACUACGCGCCUAUCUAUUGUUCAGUGUUCAAGAAUUUUUGGCGAAAAAAGAUGGAAUGCACUUCAAAUGAACUCUGGCAGUAUACAGAAGGUCAAGAAAGUUGUAUUCGCGCUGCUGAACGGGUUAACUUCGAAGGAAUAUCAGCUGUACUAUCAACCGAGGGAGCAUCGUUCGAAUAGUUGCAUAGAGUUAGGGGAUUCUAUUAAGAAGGUCGAUUGCUUUUGCUUGACAAAUUCCGGGUACUUAACUGCCUGUGGAUGCUGAUGGAGAAUGAAUAUUUAUUUACAACAAAUUUAUUUUAAUAAAUAAAAUAGAAGAUCUGUGUUCUGCUAU